CAUAGACAAGUUUCGAAGAUAUGUAGAAAACCUAGUGCUGAAACUACAAGUUAUCCCACUCGUCGGGGAAGGAGGCAUUGGAAAAACUACAUUAGCCAAAAAGUCUAUGGACAUCCAAUUACUAUUGCUAGCUUUCACAUUCGAGCAUGGGUAGUUGUGUCUCAGGUUCAAAACCUCAAAGAGAUGCUCAUUGGUCUAUUACGUUGUAUUUCACCAAUAACAAGUGAAAUCUACAACCUAGACGAUGCUCAAAUAGCUAAGCAAUUAUGCAGAAGUUUGAUGGGCAAGAAGUAUGUAAUUUUAUUAGACGAUAUAUGGACCACUGCGGCGUGGGAUGCCAUCCAAGGAUGUUUUCCAGAUAAUUUUAAUGGAAGCCGAAUCUUAGUAACUACUCGGUUCAAAGAGGUGGCUGAAUACUUAAGUGCAAAUCCCUACCAUGUGCUUCAUCAAACUCCAAAGGAUUGUAGGCAAUUAUUUUCAAGAAAGGUGUUUGGGCAAAGUUAUAUUAGCAGGGGAAAUUUCUCAGUUGAGGAGCGCAUUGUUCGUGGUUGCGGUGGAUUACCGCUAGCAGUUGUUCUGAUUGCCGGGCUUUUGGUUACAACAGAGUCUCCAGUAGUAUGGAGAUAUGUUGCAGAAACUUUGGAUGAAGUUGAUAGAAAUGAUAAUAACAACAGAAUUUCAAAAAUUCUUUUAUUGAGCUACAUGUACUUACCUCAUCACUUGAAAGAUUGCAUUCAUUAUUUUGGUGUGUUUCCUGAAGACAAUGUCAUUCCUGUUAAGAGAUUAAUCAACUUAUGGAUUGCAGAGGGAUUUAUAAGGCCACAUAUCAAUAUGAGUUUGGAAGAAGUGGCAGAGAGUUACUUGGAUGAUCUCAUUAAUAGAAGUCUAGUUCAAAUUAAUGAGCUAAGUAUUGACGGCAAAGUUAAAUCAUGUAAGCUUCAUGAUCAAGUGCACGAGUUUUGUGUGAGAGAAACAAUAAAGGGUGAUACUUUGUGCAUUAUCACUGACAAUCAUACUCCAAAAGCUAGUUGUUGGUUAAGCUGCCAAACAAGUCAUUGGCCGAUCACUCAAACGAGUUAUGGAAAUUGCAUGCCAAAUAAAAUCCAUUCUAUUCUCUGCUUUGGUAAAGAUGUAAACCAUUCAAAAUGUAGGUUUGUAUACCCAUGUUUGAAAUCGCUAAGAGUAUUGGAUUUAUCAUUAGUUAAAUGCUCACAAGGCAUGCCUCCUGAAAUAACAGACUUGGUUCAUUUGAGAUACUUGGCUUUAAGUACCAUUGGCUCUCUUUACGAGUUUCGAUUUUUCAAGCUUAAGAAUUUGGUAACUCUCAUAGUUACUUCAUGGAUGGAAAAAUGUCCUUUGCAACUGCCAUGUGAUAUGUUGGAUUUGCCAAAAUUGAGGCAUUUGCAUGUUGACAAGAGAUGCUCACAAUAUCUCCCUUGCUUAGUAAAAAAAGAUCUACAAACUCUUUAUUGGUUGAAAGUUGCUAGCUCUAACAAAAAACCAAACUUCAUAAUGGUUCCUAACCUAAGGGAACUUGGGAUUUUCAUUGAAGGCCAACUGGAGCCUAGCUAUCUAGGGAGCCUUGUGUAUUUAGAUCUACUUGAGAAGUUGAAGUUUGAAGUAGGAAGAGUUGAGCGCUUUUAUCUACCAACAGGUUUUCCACCAAACCUUAAGAAGUUGACACUUCGUUAUACUUAUCUUCCAUGGAAGGAGAUGGACACAAUUGGCAAGUUGCCGCGCCUUGAGGUGCUUAAACUAAAAGAUUUUGCCUUUUGUGGUCCAACGUGGGAACCAUCGAAGCAGGGCUUUCGGAAGUUAAAGGCACUUCUUAUUUCACGUUCAGAUCUCAAACAUUGGCAUGCAAGUUCUAAUCAUUUCCCAGUUUUGGAGCGCCUAGUCUUGAGAUAUUGUUGGGAAUUGAAACAAGUUCCACUGAAGUUUGCAAAAAUUGGAACACUGAAUUUAAUUGUAUUAGAAUGUUGUUAUUCUUCUCUUGUGACUUCUGCAUUGCAGAUUUCUUCUGCAAAAAGCGGAACAUUAAAGGGAAAGGCUCCACUUCGUGUUGGUAAAGUUGGAAAUAAGGUUGAAUUGCCUAUUAUUGAAAGAUCUGAAGAAGAAAUGUUGAAAGCUGAUAAGAAUGUGAUGAAAUAUGUGAAGAAGUUAUUCUAGUGAAUGCUUUGAAGAAGAAAGUGCAGUGACUGAGGAAAGGUUAUUCUGAUGUGUUGCAAAUGAACUAUUUGAUUUGUACUUCCCAUCAUCAACCUCAAAAUCAAUCAAAAAUUCGAUACCUGAGUUUUUAAAACUUGCCACUUUAUGGUCCUAUAGUCAGGAACUUAAUCUGGAACUAAAUUUUUUUCUUCUUGGGCUAAAACUGGCAAGUUUUCAAAGUCAUUAGGUAUAAAAUGUAUUCAAUUUUGGAAGUUGAUAACCACAAAAGUGGAAAAUCCAGCAGUCAUCUAGUCGAGGGACUAAAUCAGGAAUCCAAUAGUUGAUAAAUGCACCAUUUAUUGUAAUUUUGUCCAAAGAGAUUAUUCUGAUCUGUAUU